AUGGAUCCGCUAUCCUCUUCGCUAGAGAAGGGAGGUGGCGAAGGACCAGCCAGUCCAGUGGGCCAAGGCUACGGCGUAGCCUACCUGCAAGAUCCAAUCUCCCACCACGCUAGCUCAUUCCCUUCAGCUUGCGACGUUCUGCAGCCCUUGUCGCACUUGUCUCAAUUGCCAUCGAGUGGUUAUCUGGCGGCGGUCUUAACUCGAGAGCGGAGCUCGUGGACGCAACACUCGUGCUCAGGGGAAGAGCUUGCUCGACCAGUCCCCGGGAACGCCGACAUGAACGGAAUUUUCCAUUCCUCUACCUGUCAAAAUGAUCUCGAUGGCUUAUCUUCGGGGCGGUUAAAUGGUGGCAGCAUGGCCCCGAACGCUCCACCACGGACGGGUUCAUCCCCGGUUGGGUGGCGUACCGAAAGCCACAGCCAGGAACCGCCGCUCAAUGUUGCGGAGUCGAGCGGGCCUCAACCGACGCGGAAAUCCGAGUACGCAGUCCAAUACAUGCGCGAUACAGACGAGGAGGGAGUGCGGACUUGGAAACGGGUGGUGGUGGAGUACAGUUGA